AUGGCUCAUCAGGGUGGUCGGCCCCGUGCCAUGGCCGCGCUGGGAGGCGCGCGGCCCGGUCUGGAAACGCGCGGCGCGCCCUGGGACCUCGUGCGGGCGGCGGAGCGGCCGCUGCGGCUGCCCUGGGAGAGCGGCCCGCAGCAGUCGGAUGACUGCUUCUCCGCGUCGUCCCCAGAGGAUGGGCGCCUGUGGAAGGGCGAUCCCGAGCUCGGCAGCCAUCGGUGGCACUGUGACUUCGUCGAGGACGCGCAGGAGGAUGCCGUGCCGCGGCACCCGCUGCCCUUCGCGUGGUGGUCCGCCGGGCCCCUCUGCAGCUGGUGCGCCGGCCACGGCGCCGGGAGGCACGCGGUCCCGUUCCCCGGGCGGCCGCCGGAGGAGGGCGCACUCCACGCCGACGGGGUGGCGGCACUGGGGGUGCACGCGCGCGCGGAG